AUGGGAGCCAGCAACUCCCAGCCUACGAAACUCACCAGGGGAAAUGCCUCAUUAGUGCCCCCUUUCAACGUCGUGUUCACAUUUUUCGACAAAAUCGAGGCAAUAGACGGCCUCUGGCCGGAUGCGCAGUGGGAGGCGCGGCUCAUGGUCCAGGCUAAAGACAUUUCGAAGUUGAUGAAGGAGGGAUUUUAUGUCAGCCCUGACAAUGAACUGACGAAUUGCAGUUGCGUCAUCCUCAAUGCUAAAUGUAGCCCGACAAUGUUCAAAAAGAAUUGGGUCCAUCUUCGUCGAUACAUUCUCCAGGAUCCUAAGGCUGGAUGGACGGCCCACCUGUUCAUUGGCGCCCAGGAAAUCAGCGCUCUGGCUGGCUUCCGACUCCGAGACCUUACGACUGACCGCAUCGCACGCGGGGCGGCGUGGAACUCUGAAGGGCUGCUCGUCUACAACUACAACGCGUACAAGAUCGAAGACAGUUUCAACACCGCUCAUGAGGAUCUGGCCUUGGCCGGGCUGUGGCCGUGGCCGAAGUUUGAGGGAAGCUGUUCAGAAAGGUCGACCAGGAAGGUGGCUUCUUACAAGGGUAGCGUGGACGUGGAAACAGAGGAGCUUCCGGUUUAUACUCCUGCAACAACCGAUGCCUCUGAUAGCGACAGUCAGGAAGAUGAUACCGAGGCUGAGAGUAUUUUUCAAAGCUGA